CAUUUUACACUGACGUGUCAGCGCCUGAAGGUUUCUACUUCCGGUUCACUUGAAGCAACGUCCGUGUACCCUCGCCACACUACUUGCAGUUCUUUCGUGUUCUCUUAACCAAACGAGCUCCUCCAAAGCAUUCUCAUCGGUGUACCACAGACGUGACUGAAGAAGAUAUAUACCCAAGAAUGUGCGAUCACACCCACGUUAAACAGGAGGAGGAGUCGGUGAUGCCGUACAUCAAACAGGAGGCGGAGCCAGAGACACCCUACAUUAAAGAAGAAGAACAGGAAGAUAAAAUCUCCAAGUUUUCAAAGACUGUGAGUGUAAAGAGUGAAGAAGAUGAAGGUGCAAGCGAAGAGAGCGGAGCAGCGAAACAUUCGAGCGGCAGCUCAUUUCAACACCUGACAACAAAAGGAGAGGGACGGUCGCAACCGGACGGCUCCUUAGCUCCGCUUUCGGACAGCGAGGACCUCACGUCACAUUCUUCUGACUUCAACACUGAAGAGGAGGAGGAUGACUUUGACCAAAAUGCUUCGAAAUCCUCAAACAAGUCAUCAUUGAAUAGAGACACAAACGAAUGCGCGCUUUGUAAACCUUAUCGCUGCACACUUUGUGACAAAAGUUGUUCCCAGAAGAGUCAUUUAGAACAGCAUAUGCGUACACACACCGGAGAAAAGCCUUUUGUCUGCACACAUUGUGGUAAAAGUUUUUCCGUGAAGGUAAACUUAAAGAGACAUGCGAAAACACACACUGGAGAAAAGCCAUUUGCCUGCUCAGUUUGUCAUCAAAGAUUCUGUCGGAAGGGAACUUUAAGCAGACACGCAAGAACGCACACUGGAGAGAAGCCUUUCCCCUGCUCAGUUUGUGGUAAAAGAUUCACAGUUAAGGGAACUUUAAAGAGACAUGCAAAAACACACACUGGAGAGAAGCCUUUCACCUGCACACUUUGCAACAAAAGAUUUUCUCGAAAGAGUCUUUUGGAGAUGCAUAAGUGUACACAUACUGGAGAAAAGCCUUUCGCCGACACACUUUGCGAAAAAAGAUUUUCUCUAAAGAGUCCUUUGGAGAUGCAGAAGUGUAGACACACUGGAGAAAAGCCUUUUGUCUGCACAGUUUGUGGUGAAAGAUUCCCCUGGAAAAGAAAUCUACACAUACACAUACGCACUCACACUGGAGUGAAGCGUUUUGUCUGCACACUUUGUGACAAAAAAUUUUCUGAUAAGUCUCAUUUAGAAAAUCAUAAGCAUACACACACUGGAGAAAAGCCUUUUGUCUGCACAUUUUGUGGUAAAAGAUUCACAGAAAAGACAAAUUUAAACAAACACACAAGAACCCACACUGGAGAGAAGCGUUUUGCCUGCACAGUUUGUGACAAUAGAUUUUCUCAGAAGAUUCAUUUAGAAAGACACAUGCGUAUACACACUGGAGAAAAGCCAUUUGCCUGCUCAGUUUGUCAUCAAAGAUUCUGUCAGAAGGGAACUUUAAGCAGACACGCAACAAUGCACACUGGAGAGAAACUUUUUGCCUGCUCAGUUUGUCAUCAAAGAUUCCCAGAGAAGAGAACUUUAAACAGACACGCAAGAACGCACACUGGGGAGAAACCUAUUAAUUGCAGUGUUUGACAAAAUAUUCUAAUUACGGCACACAUUUACAGUGGAAUAGGCAUUUCAAUAUCAUUUAGUCGUUGAAAUGAUUUUUCACCUCCUGUUCUUUUUCACAACUUGCCAAUAUUCUAGAUUUUUAUUGUUUAAUUUAAUGAAUUGCUUUGCAUGUCUUUCUGUACGGAACCCAAAAAGGGUCCAAAUUAAAUAAAAACUUUUUUAAAUAAAUGCAAUUUUGAUAAAUACAA